AUUUUCCGUUGUUGCCAAGCAAAAAGGACAACGACAACCCACACCACCCACACAACAGCAGCACCAAGAUGCAGCAUGCGUUGACGCAUGGCUUGCAGACGGUGUCAGAGGCCAUUCCGCAUCCACACGGCCCCAUUCUCGACGUGAUUCGCGGGUAUCACCAGGCAAAGCCACUGAUUGUGUCGCGCGGAGAAUGCUGCCUGUAUCGUGGCAAGGCAUUUGUCAGCGGGCACGAUGAGGCGUCCACGCUGUGGGCACGACCAGAGGACAAGACCUGGUCCAUCAGCAGGGACUUCGACACACUUGUGUUCAUGCAGGAGAUGCGGCUGUUCUUCGCAUACCAGCGCGGUCAACGCAAGAUGGCCUUGCUCACGGAGGAGUUCCAGGUCCUGGACGAACGCACGUGUUCCCAGAACAUUUGUGCGGCCGCGGUGGUUCCCCAACGCCAGCACAUCCUCGUCGGAGGAGAGACACACGUUCUCGUCAUUGGCAUCCGCCGCGGUAAGCGCCUUGAGGAGCGCCAGCAGUAUGAGCUUGCCGUACCGGCUGACGCCACCCUCGGUUGCCAGAUUGUCUCCAUCUCCACGGAGCGGCCCUCCCAGCGCAGGGUGUACGUGGCUACGGGCUCCAGCGUCUCCCUGCACACACUCCACGGCAAGGCCGUGCGUGGCUCGGAGCGCAUUCACACGCGCGCCAUCACCGCCAUCGUCGCCAGAGAGAUUGACAACCACGUGUUCACAGCCUCCAGCGAUGGCGUGAUCAAAUCGUGGUCGCCCCAGUUUGACCUCAUCUGCGUGUUUGCGGGCCACAACGGCGCCGUCAGAGAUAUCCGACCCUUGCCGGGCGAUGACGCACACGCCAUCGUCGUCAGCAUUGCCGACGACAGAACGCUGCGCGCGUGGCACACGACCUCACGCGAGUGUCUGUAUGUGCUCAACCUCACGCACCAGUUCCAUCGCAUCAUCGCGCCGCUCGCACGCCCACACACGCUGCUCCUGGCCGGUGUUGAUGGUAUGCAGGUGGUGGGCAUCCACUUCAUCCACCACCUCUUCACGCUCUGCCACACACAGCUCUCCAACAUGCAGAGCACGCACCGCCCAAACCAGGUGAUCAUCUCUGCCGAGGAGCCGCCAUCACGCACGCCCAUGCUCCUGUCAUCAGCAUCGCAGCGCAUCGUUGCUCGUCUUGAUGACAGCAUCCCGCAGCUGCCGCCCCCGCCCGACCCAACAAUGCAGAGCACGCGCUUCAAUUGGACACGUGCCGCCACCUCCACCUCUUCCUCCGUGACCACAGCCACGGCCACCGCUGUGACUGGUGCCGCCAGCGCACACGCGCGCAGCCAUCACGUCAUGUCCACGUCUGCGUCCACAACAUCCUCCACAGCCAGCACAACCAUCCCCUCAUCACUGCAGCCACCACCGCCGUCCGUAUCCGCUGCGUUGUAUCUUCGCGGUCUCGACUGUUUUCUCCUCGCGCUAGCAGCAGGCCCGCUCGUGCUGGUGGACUGCCGCGGCAGACACCAGCGCAUCGCCACAUACAUUGUCCCGCCAUCCUCAUCUUCGGAUGCAAGCGCCUCGCUGCGUCCGCCACACCCACAACGCCAACACCACCGACAACAGCACCAGCACCAUCAGUACCAGUGUCGUGCCAUGUGUGCGCUGCCGUGUGUUGGCAACCCGCCACCACUGCAGGCCAUUGCGCCCCCGCGAUCCGCGCGUGUGUUCGGGCGGAGACGACGGCCGGUGCCAACGGCGUUUGUUCGCGAUGAUGUGAUGCAGCGCGUGUAUGACAUGUAUCCAGAUGCGGACGGCUCUGUGUACAUGAUGGUGGCGGUCGCCAUGAGUGAUGGAUCGCUGUAUUGCUUGGAUCUUCGAAGCGGGCGUAUGACUCUGCUGGAUGGGCAAUCCCACACCAAGGAGAUUGUGCACAUGACGAACCAGCGCGGGUGGAUGCCCAUCACGCGCGAUGCGUCCAUCGUCACUGUCGGUGCAGAUGAUUUGGUUGUGCACUGGCACCUCACGCUUCCACAGCACAGCGACCAGCCAGCAGCCGUACAGACAUCGCCUCGAAGCCGUGCUCGCAAGCAACAGCAACAACCACACCAGCAACAUCACCAUCACCAACAGCAGCAACACAGCGGUCUGCUCUCUGUCGCAUCCCACGCACCCGCACAUGACCAUGCUGGGCAUGACAGCAAUGGUGACAGCACAGACAGCAAUGCCACUCGCCCUCGUGGUGGUGGUCACCAGCAGAGCAAGUGGGGCGGGGCUGUGCCGACACUGACGUUUGAUGUUGGCAGUCCAGAUGCAACGACGGCGACCGCUGCCCAUGCUGCAACGCGCAAGCGCAUUGGCACAGAAGCAUCGGCGCUGUCCAACGUGAGCGUGACGAGCAUAACAACAACAACAACAACAACAACAACAACAACAACAGCCAUGACAGCGUCCACCACAUCCACCCUCGCCGACGUGAUUGCAGAACAGGGUAUACCGCUGCAGACAAGCGACGUGUCACUGGCAACAGCAGCAAAGCAGAGCGAAUUUUUCUUCGCAGAGGCCGAGGCACUGACGGCAACGCACAUCGCAGGCAAGGAGGACUCCCUUUGGGUCGUGUUUACGGACAGGAAGCGCACACGAUUCCCGCUUGCGUGCUUUCUGCUGGACCAGAACGAACACCUCAUGCACGAGCCACGGGACGACCACACAGCAGCCAUCACGGCGCUCACGUGCCACGAGACGGCCGACAUCACGCUCACGGCGUCGCUGGACCACACCGUUCGCUUCUGGGAUCUCCGCAAUCAGCCGCUGAUGCGCUGCGAUGUGGCCACCCCCGUACACGCGUGCUGCUUCCACCCGACCCGCUUCAGCGUCCUCAUGAGUGUGCACCGCCAAGUACACGAGAUGGACGUGCUCGCACACUUGGAGUCUGAGGACAUUGUUCGCUUCCGUGCGCUUGGUGCUGUCAUGCACAGCAGGCACCACCAUCACCACAGCCACCACCACACGCCGCACGCGCACACGCCGCAACGCACCGACUCUGCGCUGUCGCUCGUGUCGCCGUCCGGAUCAGAGCAUCUCCUCAUCUGGCAGGAGACAGAGCGGUAUGGGCUGGAUGGGGCGCUCCCCAUGCAGCGAAGCCUGUCAACGGGGAGCACCACGGCAGGCCGCAGCUUCAACCUGACAGCCACACUUGAUCGCGAGCAGCUGUUGAGGGAGGAGGAGAGGGUGCGCGAGAGGGAACGCCUGGACGAACGCCAUGCAUAUGUGCAGCAGUUGUUGGAUCGACGACAGCAGGCGAAGAACCACACCGUGACGGAGCCAAAGUCCAGAAAGUCGGACAGACGCGCGCUUCGCGCGUUUGUGCGGAAGUUGUAUCCACCAAACCCGCACGUGCAGAGGAUCAAAGCGCAUUUCAAGGCGAUGGCGCUACAGCCGGAGCAGUCGCUCAGCGACGCCGACCUCAAACUCCUCCGUGAGCUCGCCGACGAGCUGCCAGAGGCGGGUGCUGAGCCCUCGCCACUGCACGCGCAGUCGGUUGCGCGGCGCAAAUACCACACGCAAUUGCCAAUGGCGCCUGACGGGUCCAUCCCAAACUCCUCCAUCUGGCAGAAGUUUUUGGAGGAAGGCUUGCGCCCAAUCUCCGCCGUUGAAUAUCACGCGCCGACAUUUACAGAUGAACAGCGCGACGCCCUCUCCGCGUCACGCCGGGGUGUGCUUGAUGAAGAUGAAGACGACGACGACGAUGACGAUGACGAUGACGAUGGAGACAAUGCACUGAUGGCGCUGCUCACAGCACAACUCGACAGUGAGGGGAGUGAUGAGGAUGAGGAUGAGGAUGUUGAUUCAGAGGACGAAGAAGAACGGAAGCAGCGAGAGCGCAUGGAGCGAGCGAAGAGGCGACAGGCAGCGCAGGAGAGGGGAGAGGACGACAGUCCGGCGGUGGAGGCCGUGCCGUCCUUUGAACGACGCCAACGCGCAGAGGAUGAAGGUGACAAUAGUGACGAGGAGGACUUUGGUGCCACAGAUCCCAUCCUGUCGGAGGACGACGAUGACGCUGAGAUUGGACCAGUGCUUGAUGAUGACGACGACGAUGAUGACACGUCCGCGUUCGUGCCGCCACCGCCGCUGCCGCGAUAUCUCACACAGUUCCGCGACCACAACUGGUUCAGGUUCCACUACCCGCGUGCCAUCCCUGGCACGUUUGACCACAUCCGGCCCCCGCCCGAUGCAACAACGGGUGCACCACGGCAAAUCCCGCUCUCUGGCGUUGUGCAGUUGCUUGCAAGCACGAGUGGCAUGGGGCCAGCGCCGGCACCCACUAUCCACCUGCAGCCGGGUGACCCGCGCGGUCUGCUGUUCUGCACGGGCAACGAGGAGCGAGAGGCGACGAUUGUUCGGGACCUGGGCAUGCUGAGCCGCCACCCUGACGCAACCGCUGCCGAUCAUGAUGCAAUCCGCCGCGCACUUGACGGCGCGCUCGCAAAGAAGCCUGCGCUGCUUCUGCCAAUACUGGAUGCAAUGACGCUGCUGGCCUCCUCUCUUCACAAAGGCGUUCCAAAUGACAUUGUCGUGGAGCUUCUGUUUCGCUACGCAGCCGGCUCGAGAGAGGAGCAACAGAAAGUCAAGAGCAAUCUGGCGAAUCUCGGGUUUAUGGACAGGACGGGGUCCUUCUUUGAACUCGUGCGCAACUGGGGAACAGACAUUGUGGAGGAUGGCCUGGACAGCAGGGCUGUGAGUGAACCGAAAGCGAAUCUGAUUCGCCAGCGCAUCAAAGCGUUUCUUGACGAGUGGCACCUCAAACUCGCUUCGCAUCUGGAACUUGAAAUGCGGCGCAACAAAUCGCGCGUGCAGACGGCAGGCUCCGUCCGCAGUCUGGAAACACGGUCCACCUCACGCACGUCGAAGAUGAGCCUGGAGUUUCUUGGAGGGUCACUGGACCAACUCAAGCCGCACUCGCGCAAGGACGCCAUCCCGCUGGACCCGGCCAACGUCGAUGCCAUUGAUGUGCUCAACCACUGGCUGAACGUGGAGGAGGAACGACGACGCAUGGUGGAGGACACGCCUGUGCGCGUGCACACGCCGCUGCAUCAGACCAUCAGUCUCGAUCGCGUUACGGCGUCCCGCACCUCCACCGCCACCACCCGACUGCCCAGGGUCGGAUACACGCGCAAGCCAGGCACGGCCUCAACCUCCGUCACGGCUUCAUCGCUUCUUCUGCCGCCAAUUGAAUCCCAGCGCUUCCAGCCCCCAAAACGCACGAGAGGCAUCGUCAAGCUACGUGUGCGUCCCAGCGACGUUGUGCCAACGGACGACUUGUCGUUGCUGCAAACACACACGAGUUUGGCGAGAGGCAAUCGUGCGAAGAUGUUUGUGGCCUCCAGCACUUGGAUCAACCCUGCACAGCACAACUGACGAAUUGGCUGUGGUGUGAUGUACCGGCCUUUUGGACUCGGGUGGUGCAGGGCUGCUUUUGUUGUUUAUUUUGCUGCGAUGUGUGUGUGCACAUGUCGCUCACCUCCUGUGCUUUGUGUGCACACGUAUUUGAUUAUCUUCCAUGAUGAAAGCGCGCUGGCACGCGGGUGUGUGUGUGAGAUGCGGCGUGGUAACAGCUGCUGACACAAUACAGUGUAUUUGUUUUGUAAUGAAAAGGG